AUGUUAAUUAAAAAGCGAACUGUUCUAAAAAUGUCAGAUAAGGAGCUAGAAGCUGCAAUUAAAGUUAUUUCACCCGACCGACUUCUUCAGAAGUACUCAAAAUCAGAUCUUCAAGAAGAAUUAAUCCAUUGGAUUUUGGAGAAUGGUUUAAGAGUGAGUCACGAAUUCACAGUAAUUGAAAUGGACGAUGGUAGUAAUAACGUGAAUACUAAUAUAAAUGAAUGCAACUGUUGUCAGAGAUUAGUGUUAUCAAGCGUAAAUCAGGACGAAGAAGAAGAAGAAGAAGACAUAAAGAAGAAAUCAGAGAAUAAUUUGCCACCUGAAAUGGUUAGUCCAAUUCUUGUGAAAGAGACAAAUGACAUCCAAACUGAAGCUAAUGUUAAUUUUCACCCAACACUUUCCUCACAACAUGUCUCGGAACAAGCAAUUAUUAGCACGCAACCAUUACCUACAACUUUAUCGCUCAAUGAUACCACAACAACGAUCAGUGAAGACUCUAAAACAAAUCCGAAGGAGCAUAUUAAGCAACAAAAAGACGAACUAUCUCAUUUUUGCACUGAAUUAGGCAGUUGCUGUGUUUCACUACUCAGCAAGUGCUGA